UCACUUCCGCCCUUAGUAAAUAUGGCCGGUCUGGUUUUGUCCUCCCUCGCCCACCCCCAGGCCAGAGGCGGGGUGUUGACUCUUAGGUCAAGCGCGAUUGGUCGCAAGGAGACUCUGAACCCAGAGGAAGAGACUGAGGCUCGGAAGGCCUGUUCGCCGAGUUGCACGCUGGCGUCCCGGAACCCUGGAUUUGUGGGCUGCUCUCGAUGGUCUUUUUGGACAGCUAGAAGGUCCCGCGCAGGGCAUGAUGGGACGAUGAUGGCCGCUUUCAAACAGCGGAAUUUGCCUCUUUGAGACCAUCCGAUCGAGCGGUGGCCGCGCUGGCGUCUCCAGAUCAGGAACCGAAGGCCUCGAGAGUCGUGCCCGGUGAGAGAAAUAAGAGCCUGUGAUGGAGGACCCUGGUGAGGAUACCUCCAUCCAUCGCUUGGAAGGCACCAGUUUGGACUCUCAGGUUGGUGGUCUUAUUUGCAAGACCAAAAGUGCAGCCAGUGAGCAGCAUGUCUUCAAAGCCCCUGCUCCCCGCCCUUCGUUGCUGGGGCUGGACUUACUGGCGUCCCUGAAACGGAGGGAGCGAGAGGAGAAGGAUGAUGGGGAGGACAAGAAAAAGUCCAGAAUCUCUUCUUACAAAGACUGGGAGGAGAGUAAGGAUGACCAGAAGGAUGCUGAGGAGGAGGGCAAUGAGCAGGCUGGCCGAAGUAGCCGGAGAGACAGGCAUUACCGAUCUGCUCGGGUAGAGACUCCGUCCCACCCCGGGGGUGUGAGUGAAGAGUUUUGGGAACGCAGUAGGCAGAGAGAGCGGGAUCGGAGGGAGCACGGGGUCUAUGCCUCAUCUAAAGAGGAAAAGGAUCGGAAGAAGGAGAAAUCCCGGGAUCGAGACUAUGACCGCAAGAGAGACAGAGCAGAUGAGCGGGACAGAAGUAGGCACAGCAGCAGAUCAGACCGAGAUGGAGGCUCUGAGCGCAGCAGCAGAAGAAAUGAACCUGAGAGUCCUCGACAUCGGCCCAAAGAUGCGGCCACCCCUUCAAGAUCUGCCUGGGAGGAGGACGACAGUGGCUAUGGCUCUUCAAGGCGCUCUCAAUGGGAAACACCCUCCCCAACACCUUCCUAUCGGGACUCUGAGCGGGGUCAUCGGCCAUCUACUCGGGAUCGAGACAGGUCUGUAAGGAGCAAGUCCUCAGAUGACACACCUCUGCCGACCCCCUCCUAUAAGUACAACGAGUGGGCUGAUGAUAGAAGACACUUGGGGUCCACCCCACGUCUGUCCAGGGGCCGAGGAAGACGUGAGGAUGGCGAAGAAGGGAUUGCGUUUGACACAGAGGAGGAACGGCAGCAGUGGGAGGAUGACCAGAGGCAAGCAGACCGGGACUGGUACAUGAUGGAUGAGGGCUAUGAUGAGUUCCACAACCCUCUGGCCUACUCGUCUGAGGACUACGUGAGGCGGCGGGAGCAGCACCUGCACAAACAGAAGCAGAAGCGCAUUUCAGCACAGCGCAGGCAGAUCAACGAGGACAAUGAGCGCUGGGAGACUAACCGGAUGCUCACCAGUGGGGUGGUCCAUCGGCUGGAGGUGGACGAGGACUUUGAAGAGGACAAUGCGGCCAAGGUGCAUCUGAUGGUGCACAACCUGGUGCCUCCCUUUCUGGAUGGACGCAUCGUUUUCACCAAGCAGCCGGAGCCUGUGAUCCCAGUGAAGGAUGCCACCUCAGACCUGGCCAUUAUUGCUCGGAAAGGCAGCCAGACGGUCCGCAAGCACAGGGAACAGAAAGAACGGAGAAAGGCUCAGCACAAACACUGGGAACUGGCAGGGACCAAACUAGGAGACAUAAUGGGUGUCAAAAAAGAAGAGGAGCCGGAUAAAGCUAUGACAGAAGAUGGGAAAGUGGACUACAGGACGGAGCAGAAGUUUGCAGAUCACAUGAAGGAGAAAAGUGAGGCCAGUAGUGAGUUUGCAAAGAAGAAGUCGAUCCUGGAGCAGAGGCAGUACCUGCCCAUCUUUGCCGUACAGCAGGAACUUCUCACGAUCAUCAGAGACAACAGCAUUGUGAUUGUGGUCGGGGAGACGGGGAGUGGCAAGACCACUCAGCUGACCCAGUACUUGCAUGAAGAUGGGUACACAGACUACGGGAUGAUCGGGUGUACCCAGCCCCGGCGUGUGGCUGCCAUGUCAGUGGCCAAGAGAGUCAGUGAAGAGAUGGGGGGCAACCUUGGUGAAGAGGUGGGCUAUGCCAUCCGCUUUGAGGACUGCACUUCUGAGAACACCUUGAUCAAAUACAUGACGGACGGGAUCCUGCUGCGCGAGUCCCUCCGGGAGGCCGACCUGGACCACUACAGCGCCGUCAUCAUGGAUGAGGCCCACGAGCGCUCUCUCAACACUGACGUGCUCUUUGGGCUGCUCCGGGAGGUUGUGGCUCGACGCUCAGACCUGAAGCUCAUUGUUACAUCAGCUACUAUGGAUGCAGAAAAGUUUGCUGCCUUCUUUGGGAAUGUACCCAUUUUCCACAUCCCUGGGCGGACUUUUCCUGUUGACAUCCUCUUCAGCAAGACCCCACAGGAAGAUUACGUGGAGGCCGCAGUGAAGCAGUCCUUGCAGGUUCACCUGUCUGGGGCCCCUGGGGACAUCCUGAUCUUCAUGCCAGGCCAAGAGGACAUUGAGGUGACAUCUGACCAGAUCGUGGAGCACCUGGAGGAGCUGGAGAACGCGCCUGCGCUGGCGGUACUGCCCAUCUACUCACAGCUGCCGUCCGACCUGCAGGCCAAAAUCUUCCAGAAGGCUCCAGAUGGUGUCCGGAAGUGUAUCGUCGCUACCAACAUUGCUGAGACGUCUCUGACUGUUGAUGGCAUCAUGUUUGUCAUUGACUCUGGCUACUGCAAGUUAAAGGUCUUCAACCCCAGGAUUGGCAUGGAUGCCCUGCAGAUUUACCCCAUUAGUCAGGCCAAUGCCAACCAGAGGUCAGGGAGAGCUGGCAGGACGGGCCCAGGUCAGUGUUUCAGGCUCUACACACAGAGCGCUUACAAGAACGAGCUGCUGACCACCACCGUGCCCGAGAUCCAGAGGACCAACCUGGCCAACGUGGUGCUGCUGCUCAAGUCCCUGGGCGUGCAGGACCUGCUGCAGUUCCACUUCAUGGACCCGCCCCCGGAGGACAACAUGCUCAACUCCAUGUACCAGCUCUGGAUCCUCGGAGCCCUGGAUAACACAGGUGGCCUCACUUCCACGGGGCGGCUGAUGGUGGAGUUCCCACUGGACCCGGCCCUCUCCAAGAUGCUCAUCGUGUCCUGUGACAUGGGCUGCAGCUCCGAGAUCCUGCUCAUCGUCUCCAUGCUCUCGGUCCCUGCCAUCUUCUACAGGCCCAAGGGCAGAGAAGAGGAGAGCGAUCAAAUCCGGGAGAAGUUUGCUGUCCCUGAGAGUGAUCACCUGACCUACCUGAAUGUCUACCUGCAGUGGAAGAACAACAAUUACUCCACCAUCUGGUGCAACGACCAUUUCAUCCACGCCAAGGCCAUGCGGAAGGUUCGGGAGGUACGGGCCCAGCUCAAGGAUAUCAUGGUGCAGCAGCGGAUGAGCCUGGCCUCAUGUGGCACCGACUGGGACAUUGUCAGGAAGUGUAUCUGUGCAGCCUAUUUCCACCAGGCAGCCAAGCUCAAGGGGAUUGGGGAGUAUGUGAACAUCCGCACAGGGAUGCCGUGCCACUUACACCCCACCAGCUCCCUCUUCGGCAUGGGCUACACCCCUGACUACAUUGUGUAUCACGAGCUGGUCAUGACCACCAAGGAGUACAUGCAGUGUGUGACCGCUGUGGAUGGAGAGUGGCUGGCGGAGCUGGGUCCCAUGUUCUACAGUGUGAAGCAGGCAGGCAAGUCUCGGCAGGAGAAUCGUCGUCGGGCUAAAGAGGAGGCCUCUGCCAUGGAAGAGGAGAUGGCCCUGGCCGAGGAGCAGCUGCGCGCCCGGCGGCAGGAGCAGGAGAAGCGUAGUCCACUGGGCAGUGUCAGGUCCACAAAGAUCUACACGCCAGGACGGAAAGAGCAGGGGGAGCCCAUGACACCUCGCCGCACGCCAGCCCGCUUUGGACUGUGAACUGAGGCUGUCCCAGGAGAGCGUGGCGGCCAGGUACCAAGUUCUUGGCUCUCCAGCCCGUGUUCCCUAAGGACUCGGCUGACGAAGGCUUUCACCUGCGUGUUCAUCUGUGGGUCAUCAAGACUAGGGCAGUUCCUGCUGAGUCAGGCUCUGUCCUGGAGGAGGCAGUCCUGAUGCAGGGCUCAGCAGGAGCCUAGUGCAGGGUGAACACGAAGCUGCUUGAGCAGCAGGAGGUGGCUGGACCAUCGUACCCACUUAACCUGCCCAGGACGUAUGCCUCGCUGCAACUGAGACUUUUUUUUAAUCCUUGUGUAAAGAAGCAAGAUCGAGGCAGAGAAACAUGUAGUUUGGCCAUCACACGGGGUUUGGAAAUAAAUAUAUUAUUUGUACAAU